CCUUCAUUUUACAUGAGGUAACAAAUUAAGUAUGGCGUUUAGGUCAUCAAAGGCCAUGGUGCUCAUACAAGUUUUAUCAUUAGUAGUUGCCUCUUUCUCAGAGCUCAGCUUUGGUGAAGUCGCUGAAAAUUCAUCAUUAGACAAUGAUCGUGAGGACAAUGAAAUCAUCUCAACCAAAGGGUUAGGGAUUGGACGCGUUCCUAAGAAAAGUCCUUCGACCCCUGCACCUGCUAAACGACCAUCACCACCAGCUAAGUCAUCACCACCACCAUCACCGCCAGCUAAGUCACCACCACCACCGCCACCAACACCAACUAAGUCACCUUCACCCUCGCCACCGCCACCAACUAAGUCACCAUCACAAUCAUCGCCGCCACCACCAACUAAGUCACCGCCACCACCAACUAAGUCACCAUCACCACCUACCCAGCCACCAAUAAACAGACCGCCGCAGCCAUCACCACCAGCUACUCAGGUACCAAUAAGGAGAACACCACCGCCAUCACCACCAACUAGUAAACCACCUAUCAGGUCAUCACCACCACCACCAACUGAUUAUGAUGAACCGCCAGACAUCGAGCCACCCGUUGAUCAGGAGCCACCACCCGUUUCUCAUGAGCCACCACCAAUUAAUGAACCACCUAUUAUACCAUUUCCACCAACUCUAAGUCCACCAGUUAAGCUUCCACCACCAACAAUUCAUCCCACCGGAAAGCCUCUAAUCGUCGUCGGCCGUGUGAAUUGCAAAUCUUGCAGUAACAGAGGCCUUCCUUCUCUCUUUAAAGCCUUCCCACUCCACGGAGCUUCAGUGAAGCUAGUUUGUCACAAUAAUGGAAGAAAGGCACAUGUUCAAACAGCAUUGACAGACAAGAAUGGUGAUUUCUCUAUCACACCCAUAUCUUUAACCAGAGCAGAUGUACACAAAUGCAGAGUAUACUUAGUGAAAUCACCCAAAUCAAUUUGCAAUGUGCCAACAAAUUUCAACAAUGGAAAAUCGGGUGCUCAAUUGAAACCUAUCCUGCCACCGGGUAAUCAUGGCCCAGGCCAUGGCCUAAUGUUUGAUUUCUUUGGUGUUGGGCCUUUUAUAUUCGAAGCCCCAAACAAAUUCCCAUGCAGAAAGUAAAAAUUGAGCCCUUCAAUAUUAAUGGAGUACUUAGCUAGGAAAAUAAAAGUAUGGAGUUUAUCAAGGAAAAUACUUUUAUCUUUUCCUUUCUCUAGUUUCACAUGAACGAUACAUCUUUGUACUUGCGCUAGAAAUCAACUUCAAUUAAAAAAAAGUUAAAAGUUUAUAAUAUUGCCUUGUCCUGA